CAACUUUCAACAUCCCAUGGUCUUCGCCGGCAUGCCACGUCAGUCACACGCUUGCCAGGCUUCUUCACACAUUCCGGCAACGACAGAUCGGGUCAACCGAUGCGGCUCUGUGGUUCUCGGUCGGAAUGCCGAAGUACCCUGUACUUUCCAAGAAGCCUGGAGGUAGUACAAAGAAUCCAGGUUGAGAAUCUCGAUGCUUUGCGACUUCGGCGCGACCCAGAAGAAACUGUGGCCAAAGUCUCGAACUUGGGUUGUCAUUCAAAUUGUCGACUCAACUGGAAACUCUGCCAACCUGCAAGAUCGAAGCUUUCCUGAGGUGACCAUCAACUUCACCACGUACUGAGACGGCAAACGACGUAACAACUGCACAAGUGAAGAUUGCACUCAAUCCUCAACAUGACAAAUUAUGGUCCUCAACUCCGGAAACUCAUCGUCGGUCUGGAUUUCGGAACAACCCACACAGGAAUCAGCUACGCCUGGAGCGACGAUGAUGAAGUCAUGGCCGUGGACAAAUGGCCCACUGCCAACGGGGCCCUGAAAACGGCGCAGAAGAACCCGACUUUGAUCGCCUACCUCCCGGGGAUCGACAGUAUGCCAUGGGGCUACCAAAUCGGAGCGCAGAGCAACAUUUGCGCAUGGAUGAAGUACCAUCUGGACAAGAACUAUCCAUCUACCAAGUACGACGACCCCGGUCUCACCGAGGCCAUCAGCACCGGCCUCUUUAGCGUCGAACGGACCAAAACGCCCGAUGAGGUGACCAUCGACUACCUGAAGGAAGUCUUCAAAUUCGCCGUCCGGCACCUUACCGAAUCUGUUGGCGCUCUCGGCAGUGCACUUCUCGAUGUGACCACAAUCCAGUGGUGGUUGGCGAAGCCGGCCAUCUGGGGCAAUCAGGCCCAGCUCAGGCUGCAGAAAAUUGUGCGGACAGCAGCCGACCAUGCCGAGUUUUUCAGGCCCGAGGAUGAAUUCAAUUUUGUCACAGAGGCAGAUGCUGCCGCAUUUACUUUGCUCAGGCAGGCAGCGGCCGAUGAUGACCUCAAUGCCGGGGACACUGUAAUGAUAUGCGACUGUGGAGGUGGAACAGUGGACGUGGCCGUUUACAUGGUCUCUUCCAUAAGCCCGAUAAAGGUCAAGGAAGUUGUGUCGGGGGAAGGCGGGAAGUGCGGGUCUUCAUGCAUUGACCUCCAGUUUGACAAGUUUAUGCUGGAACGUUUUGGCAAGGCAUACGAAAACUUGGACCCAAGCGAGAAGAAGUUUGGCUCCGUUUUCAUGAAGAAAUUCGAGACACACAAGCAUGCGUUUGGCGCCGGAGAUGAUCCGCCCCUAUUCGAGAUGGAACUGUUCAUGGAUGGUGUAGAUACGGACGUACCGGACAUGGAAGAAUGGUAUGAUGACCGGGAUGGCACUGUUAGGUUAACGAGGUCUGACAUGGAUGCAAUCUUUCGACCUACUGUGGAGAGAGUGAUGGAGUUAAUCGCAGCGCAACAUAAAGCCGCCACACGAAGCAAGAGGGCUUCCAAGGUCAAUCGACUCAUGCUUGCUGGCGGGUUUGCCCGAUCACAGUACCUCCAGUCGCGUGUGAAGGAAUGGUGUAGCCAAAACAACAUAGAGGCAACCUUUUUGAGUAAUGACGACAGCUGGGGUGCGGUCGCUUGCGGCGCUGUACUUGGAGGCUUGGAACGUAUCGAUAUCGAGACACGGCUAUCCCGUUUCCACUGCGGCAUCCUCUGCGAUUUGAUAUAUCGCGCAGACCUCGACGCAAAGCACUCAGAUAAGAUGUAUCGAUGCAAUUUGACCGGACGCAUGUUCGUUUCAAACUGUGUUGAUUGGUAUUCCAAGAAGGGGGACGAAGUGACGGAGCAUUCGAAAAAGACUGCGUCAUACUAUCACCGUCUUUCACCGAGGCAGAAACAUUUUUCUGCAAGCAUCGUCUGUUGCGGUGCUACCCACGCUCCCAGACAUUUCUCUGAAGACCUCGUUCAAAUUGUAGGGAAUCUGGAAGUGCAUCUAUCAGCGGUUGAACUGAAGAAGUAUGAGGUGCAAAUGUUCAACAGCAGGGAAAGGGCAAUCAAAUUCGAUUAUCGUAUAGAGGAGACAAUCGGGGCUUCCCAGGGGAGUCUAACAUACAGGGCUCUGACUAUGGAGGACCAGCCGCUAGGUCACGCUCAGAUUCACCUUCCAAGGGUAGGGUAGAUGGAUGGAGAAGAGUCUAGGAUCGUUCAGUUCCGAGUUGUCUCGGCGCAAGUUACAGUCCACAAUUAUUCGUAAUUAACACGUUUCCUUAGUACAAACAGGUAUCAGUAU